AUGGCGAAUCUCGCUAACACCAUGGAAGCUAAUGCUGCUGCGACUCUGCAAGCAGUGCAGAGAUUGGGCCAACCGACUGGGAAUGGCAACAGAAAUGGGAAUGGCGAAGGGAAUACCAAUGAUAAUGCUGAGGGUAAUGGCGAUAACACAGGAGGAGUUCCGAUGACCUUGGCGACGUUCCUCAAGGUUCAUCCGCCAACUUUCCGAGGAUCCACAGAUCCUAUUGAAGCGGACCACUGGUUCCAGGCUAUAGAGCGUGCUUUACAGGCGCAUCAUGUUCCUCUCAAUCAAUAUGUAGAGUUUGUCGCUUAUCAACUAGCGGGAGAGGCCCAGCCCUGGUGGCAAGCUGACUGUCGUUUGCUACAGCUUCAGAACACCGACAUUCCAUGGGAGGUGUUCCAAACGGCUUUCUACAAGAAAUACUUUCCUGAGUCUGCAAGGGAAGCAAAGGAGAUGGAGCUAAUGCAGCUGAAGCAAGGUUCCAUGUCUGUGGCAGAGUACACCAACAAGUUCGAAGAGCUUUGUAGGUUUUCUCGGGUAUGUCAGGGUGACUCAGAGACUUUCGAGAGUUGGAGGUGUAUUAAGUACCAAAGGAGCUUGAAGGACAACAUUAUGACUGUUGUGGCUCCUAUGGAGAUCCGUGUCUUCUCCGACUUGGUGAACAAAGCAAGGGUAGUGGAGGAGUAUGCCAAGACAGUGGCGGCAUUUAAAGACACUCAUGGAGGGAGUUCUAGUCGUGGGCGUGGCAAGUAUUUUCAUCCUAGAGGACAAAGCUUCAAAAGAGGGGGAUAUACUCCUCAAGGCCAAGGGGGCUUCAGAAAGAACAAUCAGAAUCAGAUUCAGUAUGCUAAAGGAAGAGGAAAUCAAAGUAAGAGUUCUCCGGAUUUAGCUUGUGAUCGUUGUGGACGUUUUCACCCUUAUGACUCAUGUAAGAUUGGUUUAGGUGGUUGCUUCAAGUGUGGGUUACCUGGCCACAUUGCGAGGGAUUGCCCUCGUGGGAGGAAUCAGAAUGCGGGCCAGAGUUAG